AAAAACGUAGAUGAUUGUAGAAAGCAGGUGGAAUACUUGCAAAAAAAAUUAGCCGACUUUGGAAAGGAAGAAGUUACAACACCUGAACCAGAUGCUAUUUUCAAAGCCUUCCUUAAUAAUAAACAUGGUCAAUUUCUUAAAUCAUAUAUAACUAAUAAUGACCAAUUGCCAUCAUAUGUUUCAAAAAAGCUCAAAAUACCUGUGCCUGCUACCUUUUCAUGUGAUUGUCCUUCACUCUUAUUGCACAAUCUCCCCGGAGGUAGUAUACAAAGACAUCAACCAAUUACACAGAUUUCAAAUAUUCAGUCUGCAAUUGCAAAAACAAGGAAUAACCUUUUAGUUUUACUGGGAACAUCUGGAUGCAGAAAAACAAGAACAUGUUAUGAGUUACUCUGUGAAAGCUGGGGGUUUUACUUUGUAUCAGCACGUAAGGGAAAUGGAGGUUCAGGUGAUAUUGAAGCAAUUGAGAACUAUCUUGCAGGAAAAUUAACAGACAAUUUGGAAGAAAAUCAAAAACAUGCAGAACAUAUCACACAUUGUGCAAUUCUUUCUCGCUUUUUUAUACUAGAUCAUUAUAUUGGCUUAUCAUCAACAUUUAAUGCACAGAACUGGCUCUUAUUACAGCUUGCUGAUUGCACAGCAUCCUCUGUGAAGAAUCACAUUGAUACAAUAUACCAAAAAAUCUCCAAAACUAAAAAACUUAAUAUCUUCCCCAUUGUCCUUGAUGAAGUACAAGCACUUGAAAUGACACUUAAAGGAAAAUUCAAAUCACGAAAAAGUGAAGAAGAACGUUCCCUCUUGUUUCCAAUUAUUCAAUCAUUAAGAGAACCAACGUUAUUAUUUACCAACUAUUGUGUUAUUCCUUGUGGCACUGGACUUGGAAUUCUUUCCCUUGAGGAUGUUUUUAUUACAGGAAUCUCAAAACCAGAACUUGAUACAGACAAAUUCACAGAAUUUGGAAGGUGGCAGAGUAUUGCUCAUGUAAAAGAUUAUGUUAAUGAUCUGUUGGAAUUGACAGAUGAUGAUUAUAACCUUCUUUAUAAUCAUUUUCGUGGUCAAUUUCGACCUAUUGUUACCUGUGUGAAAGAGAUUAUAAUAGGUACACCACUUGAAGAUGCUGUUGAUUCACAUUGGAAGGGUUUAAUACUUGCCUACUAUUAUUCUGGGGGGCCAUUUUUGUUCACUGAUCCCGAUUCAAUGAAAAUAGUUGAAACUGGUUUUGGAUGUCUUCAGUUGAUAAAGCCACCUACUAUCUCAUACCUGAAGCAAGCAUGUGAAGGUAUAGAUGAGGAUAUGUUGAGCAUUUCAAGUGUGAAUGUAGAUUUAUUAUAUCCUGCAACUGGAAUAAAAAAAUCCUUAGUUGCUUAUAUUGAUGAGCCUUUUGCUCUUACUGCUGCCUAUAAUUUCUUUAAUUAUCAUAGUUAUCUACCAAAAGAUAUUCUCACCACAAUGUCUCAAGUUAACAAUGCAAGUUCAUGUGGUAUACUAUGGGAAAAGUACUUAACCAAUGAAUUUAUGCGAAUAUUCAAUGGACAGACUGAUAUUAGAGAUAUAUUAAUGUUUGCUGAUAUUAAAGAAUUUCCUAUUGCUUUCAAAGGGUCACCUAAAGUUGUUAAAUCUUCUAAAGUCACUAUACCACAAGCAGUAAAUUCAACCACAAGUGAAAUUAAUUGUGACCCUAAUAUUAUUUUCUUUGUUGAAUUUGAGGAUAAAGUCAUGGUUCCUGUCUUUGUUCAAGUUAAGUUGCGUUAUGCAGUUCAUACAAUUGCAGGAGCAUUCAGUUCAAUUGAUUCAAAUAUGUUUUACAAGGAUAUUAAUGGAAAAAUUUUUAAUGGCUUUAUUGGCUUAUUGGUUGCCUAUCCAGCUGAUAUAGGCAUAAAGUCUUAUGUUACAAAUGCAUAUUCAUAUAAUUUAAGGAGUCAAUCAAGCAAGCAACAACUCAUUGGAAUUAUUGAUUGCAAAAAUGCAUCAAAAAUCUUUGAAGAAGAUCAUUUACACUUUCUAGAUGUGUUGAAGAACUCCUUGAAAAGAAAAAAUCUAGAGAAAAAUACAGAAAAUAAGAAGCAGAAGACAUGA